UUCCAUAGUAUUCCCGUGCUCUGCUAGUUAUGACGGCGGAGCCGCUAUCACACAGCGUUUUACACGGUGAUUACACUGAUAUUUCAUGACUGCCAGGCCCCGGACACCCCGUUUCUCUGCUGGGGAGUUGGCAUCGUCCAUCAGUCAGCUGACGUGCUGGUGGUGUCAGGCCGGAGUACAGAGAUCAUUGUCCUUCUUUCUGCUACCUAGCGGCUUAGCGAGCACCGGUGCUGAGUCUAAAAAAGAAAUGGGCGACUCCUGCGUAAAUAAAGACUUGUGCCACUCUGAAGAUGGGAGCGGCUCUGCUGAAGAGCCCAUGUUUGGUAUGGCAGACAUGUUCCUUUUCUCUCUCAUUGUUGGCCUGCUGACUUACUGGUUCUUCUUCCGCAAAAAGAAAGAGGAGACCUCGGUUGAGUUCACUAAAAUUCAACCCACAGUGACAUCAUCUUCCCGAGAGAGCAGCUUUGUGGAUAAGAUGAAAAAGACGGGGAAAAACAUAGUUGUAUUUUAUGGCUCUCAGACUGGUACUGGAGAGGAGUUUGCCAAUCGUCUAGCAAAAGAUGCUCACCGUUACGGUAUGCGCGGUAUGUCUGCUGACCCGGAAGAAUUUGAAAUGGCGGAUCUCAGGCGGCUUACUGAAAUUGAGAACUCUCUUGCGGUGUUCUGCAUGGCCACAUAUGGUGAGGGAGACCCUACCGACAAUGCUCAGGACUUCUAUGACUGGCUACAAGAAGCAGAUGUUGAUCUAUCAGGACUUAAGUAUGCAGUGUUUAGUCUUGGAAACAAGACUUAUGAGCACUUUAAUGCCAUGGGUAAAUAUGUGGACAAAAGGCUGGAAGAGUUGGGAGCUGAGAGAAUCUUUGAAAAUGGAAUGGGUGAUGAUGACGGCAACUUGGAGGAAGAUUUCAUAACGUGGCGUGAGCAGUUUUGGCCUGCAGUGUGUGAAAACUUUGGUGUAGAGGCUACAGGGGAUGAUUCCAGCAUCCGUCAGUAUGAGCUCGUGGUGCACACAGAUGAAAAUAUGAACAAGAUCUACACUGGGGAAAUGGGCCGCCUUAAGAGCUAUGAAACCCAAAAACCACCGUUUGAUGCAAAAAAUCCAUUCCUGGCCAAUGUAACCGUGAACCGCAAACUGAACGAGGCUGGAGACCGAUACUUGAUGCAUCUGGAAUUGGAGAUUACUGGUUCAAAGAUCAGGUAUGAGUCAGGAGACCACGUGGCAGUGUAUCCAGCUAAUGACUCUUCAAUAGUCAACAAACUGGGAGAGGUUCUGGGAGCAGACCUUGACACGAUUAUAUCUUUAAAUAACCUGGACGAGGAAUCUAACAAGAAGCAUCCCUUCCCCUGUCCUACCACGUAUCGCACAGCUCUUACUUAUUAUUUGGAUGUUACCAACCCACCCCGCACCAAUGUACUUUAUGAGCUUGCACAGUAUGCCACUGACCCCAAAGAACAAGAAACUCUGCGGAAGAUGGCUUCCUCUUCACCAGAAGGCAAGGCUUUAUAUGUAAAUUGGGUUGUGGAAGCAAGGAGGAAUAUGUUGGCUAUUCUAGAAGAUGUGCCUUCGCUGCGUCCUCCAAUUGACCACCUGUGUGAGUUAAUGCCGCGUCUUCAGGCUCGCUACUAUUCUAUUGCCUCCUCUUCAAAGGUUCAUGCCAAUUCCAUACAUAUCUGUGCCGUACUAGUGGAUUAUGAGAGCAAGACUGGCCGGCUGAACAAAGGUGUGGCCACAAACUGGCUCAAAAACAAACAACCAUGUGACAACGGGCAUAAAUCAACAGUGCCCAUGUAUGUACGCAAGUCCCAAUUUCGUCUGCCAUUUAAAUCCACUACACCAGUCCUUAUGAUUGGGCCUGGCACAGGUAUUGCUCCAUUUGUGGGCUUCAUCCAGGAGAGGGAAUGGCUGAAACAGCAAGGGAAGGAGGUUGGAGACACUGUACUGUACUAUGGCUGUCGGCAUGAACAUGAAGACUAUCUUUACAAAGAUGAACUAAGAAAGUUUCACCAGGAUGGUGUACUUACCCAGCUGAAUGUUGCUUUCUCCCGGGAUCAGAAGGAAAAGGUUUAUGUCCAACAUCUUCUGAAGAAGAACCAGGAAAAUGUGUGGAAGCUCAUUAGUGAGGAAAAUGCUCACAUCUAUGUGUGCGGUGAUGCCCGUUAUAUGGCUCGAGAUGUACUGGCCACUUUUCAUGACAUUGUGGCAGAGCAUGGCAAGAUGGAUCAUGCUCAGGCAGUGGAUUACAUCAAGAAACUAAUGACCAAGGGCCGCUAUUCACAAGAUGUCUGGAGUUAAUCCAGUCAAAGCUCCCCCUCUGAAAGAGGACUGUCUAGAGGUGACUUUCAGCUGCUGUUAGAGAGCAUACAGUUUAUGUAUAAUGUACCUGAAUAAACAAAUCUUUUAGUGCCACUUUUGAGAGGUGCAGCUUUGACUCUGCUUUUAGUAUUUUUCAGAAUCUAAUCUCCUUAAAUUAUAUUUUGAACUGUAUAGGCCAGUACACACAGUGGAUGUGUCCCAGAGAUGUAUGCUGAGCAAUCUAGCAGACACCGCUCCACACACAUCUCUCCCCCGCUCAGCACACAGUGCGAUGUGUGUUGGGGUACAGGGGCGCUCAUUUCACCCAGCGGUGAAAUGAGCGAUGUGCUAGAUUGUGCAUGCAUGCAGGCCAGUGUAGUACCAGCGAUAGCGCCGCGCAUAGCUGCCGUUGUGGGGGGCACACACGGAGAGAUCUGUGCUUAAUUUCUAAGCAAUCUAGUCAGAUUGCUUACAAUUUAAGCUCAGAUCUCUCCGUUUUACCCUCCUUAAGCCAACAAACCUUGUUAAUGGGAUACUUUUCAUGGUCAGUGUAAAGAAAACGGACUGUGUUGAGGGGGGAUAAAUGCAAUUACAUCAAACUGUGUCAUCAAACUGCAUUAAAGAAAUUUUAUUAAGCAAAUGGUUUGUGUCAAAUAUUCAAUUGACACAGAACAUAUUCUACAUUAAAGGAGCACUCUAAUGUUUGAUAUUGAAAAUAGGCUGCUUUUACUCAUACAUAUCCAUGGUUAUUAUAUUUGCGGUUUUUAAGCUUAGUUCAAAGCCACCUGGUUGCCAGCUUACUUAUAGUAGAGGAUUAUUUUUGUGAAUCAUAAAGUAGAAUUGAUCACUUGAAAUAUUAAUCCCAGUGAAACAUCACCUCGGUAAUAAUGAUGAUAGAUGACUUAAAAUUAAUGUACAUGAAAAACUGUUUCAUUUGUGCCUUAAAUGUAGAAAUAUUUUUUCUUUCCUUCUUCCUUUAUCUGUCCAUUUACUUUUCUUUGGGUGGGUACUGUUGUGUCUGUGAGUUUAUUUUGUACUUGUCAUAUAGUAACCCAUUCUAGUUCCUGAACACAAUGGCGCUUUUUUUCUUAACUCAUUGUGGAAGUAUCCUGUACACGUUGUAUCCUGUGACAGACGCCUCGGUUAUAGAAGUCACAUGUGGUAUUUGGAUGCUGUGUUCCAGUGUAUGUAAAAUGUUCUUUGUCACAGAAUCUGAAAAGCUAUUAUCUGCUUGAUGUGAUCUUAGAUCUGAGAUGAGUUUUGUCUAUACUGUGACCUAUCGUGCAUUACAGUAACUGGCAACAUGCACACAACCUAUCUGAUUGUAAUUUGAAUCCUUUACUGCUACAGAAAUGGUCAAGAUUUGUAUAUCUGUCCGAUAUUCCACAAUUGAUACAUACUGUCCUUAUGCCAGGCAUUGUGAUCUGUUACUGUAUGCUGACACUUGUAGAUACUGAUCUCUGGCCCCUUAUUUAUUUAUUCCAUUAUACUAUGUAGUUAGACUAGUUUUACAUUAUCUCUGCAGUAGUUUAGUUGGAUUCCUUAUAUUUUCCACAUCAUGACUGUUAUACAUUCUACAAUCAGAGAAAAUCAUGAAAGGUUUUCUAUAAAAUGACUUGCGGCAAUUACAAAUCUAACACAUACUAUCCAGUUCAGUUAAUGUCCUCAUCAAAGAACUGAAGCUGUGAUUAUAUGUUGCAGUGGGGGAUGUCGUUAAUUUGCCAGCAGUCGGGAUCCCGGCAUUCAGGAUAUUGAUGCCGGAAUCCUGACUUCUGACAGCCGGAAUCACAGGGGCUAUUCCCACUCGUGGGUGACCACAACACCCAUAGAGUGGGAAUAGAACCUGUGGCGAGCGCAGCGAUCCACCGAGCCUGCAGCGUAGCGAGCGCAGCCAACCCGCAAGGGGACUCUUUGGGGGAUAUUCAAUUGUUUGAAAAGUCAGUUGGGUGUCUGUUUUUUUUUCCUGUCUAUUAGAUAGGAAAACAGACACCCAACCAACUUUACAAACAUUUGAAUUUCCCCCUUUGUGCUCACUACGAUCGUCUGUAAAUCAUACUGAACCCAGCAGCAAAUACAUCAUGACUCGGGAUUAUGCAGAGUUGCAGAUUCUCGAUUGAAAACCAGACAGCUGCUAUGCUUGCUCUGUAUGGGCAGCCACUAUAAAGUGAAUUUAUUACAUGUCUAGCAACAGAAUGUUCUUUGACUUUUUGUGUUUUCUGAUUAUGUAAUUUUUAAUGUCCCAUAUUACAGUUUAACAUUUUCUCACUGUGCAUUUAAAAUUCUGAUUUGUUUUUAUUAAUAAAAUAUUAGAUUUUCUGUUUCACCAAUUUGGAAGUUUAAUAAAAAAAUAUUGUUGGAUUACUAUGAUUGUAAAUAAUGUUAAAUACACAUUAACCUUUCAAAUAAAAAAUACAUUUUCAAUUUU